AUCAACCAAUGUUUGUUCUUUUUUAUUGCAGACUCAUAAACCAAACGCUGACCAGUUAUAGGUCCUCUCCUGCCCCCUGCCCUGGAACGCGAAUGAGUUCUUCCGGUAGUUGCGUGAAAAACGGUCACCUCCAUCGACUCCUCCGCUGUUUGCAUUUUCCAGAGCAAUUUGACUGCUGAAACCUGGCUCUGCUCCUCCUACCUGCAGUGAAACAAAACUCCUCUCAAUCUCAAGGACAAACGAAACUCCCGCCUCUCUAGAAAUGCUGCAACGUCCGCCACCGAGUAGAAGUGACUGCAAGCUGGUGUAUCGUUCCACGGGGAAAGUGUGCACGGUUUAAGAUCUGUGCUGUGUGACCUCUCUCUAUUACCUUAGAAGAAGAAGAAAAAAGUGAAUGAAAUUGUGCUGUUUCUAUGAGCCCAAUCGAGGCGAAAGCAAAGCAUUUCUCAAGUGGAAGUGAGUGUCCUUUCCGUCAUUAGAGUUGUGUUUAGGAUUAGGGGUUGUGUUGUUCUAGGGAUAGUUUCGCUCGGGCGGACCACAGACGGACGAACGAACGACGGGUUAAAGUGACGGACGUCAAAAUUGCAGCAGCAACGGCAGCAGCAGCAGCAGUAGCGGCUGUACCAACAACUGUAGUGGUCAACGGUAGUGGUAUUAGCGGUAACAGCAGCAGCAGCAUCAUCAACAGCAGUGCAAUGUCGGCCACCAUGAGAACCACCCUGCAGACGGUUCCGGAGUCGCUUCCGGCCGAUCACGUUACGAAUGCCGUCGCACCGGUUCAGGGUACCACGCAAACCGAGACCAGCACCAGUAGCAGCAGCAGCAAGUCGCACUCGCAUGCCACUGCGGCGGCAGCCGCCGUCAAGAACCGAUCCUCGUCCAGCAAGGUAAGUGCGAAGGGAGUGGUGGCGGAAUUUGUGGGAUUUUGUACACUUUCCGUGUAUACGGGAGUUGUUUCGUUUCUGUAGAACAUCCGUUUAUUAGCUCAUAGCUGCUGCUACUGUACGUACGCAACAUUUGUUGUUUGGUGAUAUUUUCGUCGUCUCGCUCUGAUAAGUGUUGCCGAUUGUUGCGUGAACGUAUCCAACGGCUGUGAAGUUCUGUUUGGUUUAUUCGUAUGAUCGUCUUACAUUUGGUAAUCAAAUGUUCCAUGAAAACAUAUUUAAAAAAAUAACAUUGCCAUUCAUAACCAAGUAUAAAAGUA